AUGUUCAUGAGCGAUUUUCAACAGUCUGGAGUUGCAGCCGUCGUUGCUGUGGUUGUAUCCCUCACCGUUAUCAGUAUCUUCGCUCGCAAGUCUCUUCGUCUCACUACUCCCCCUGGUCCCAAAUCAUCUUGGUUUGGUUUCGGUAAACCUCCCGUCCCAACGACGUACCCUUGGCGUACCUACCAGGAAUGGCAGAGACUUUAUGGUGACAUUGUGUUCUAUUAUGCUUAUGGAAACCCUGUUGUCGUUCUUAACUCGGCCAAGGUCGCAGAUGACCUCCUCGACAAGCGCGGUGCGAUUUACUCUUCUAGGCCCGUCAGGACCAUGUUAAGAGAGCUAAUGGGUUGGAAUUGGUCUUUUUCAAACAUGCUCUAUGGUAGUUCGUGGAGGAAGUAUCGCAGCACAUUUCAGAAGCAUUUCCACCCGCGUGCAAUAACCCAGUACCAGCCCAUCCAGCUCAAAGAAGUUCAAACAUUCCUUCGUAACCUGAACCGCUCUCCCGAAGAUUUCUACCACCACAUGCGCAGGAACGCUGCAGCUCUCGUCAUGAAGAUUUCCUAUGAUCAUGAUAUCGCAGAAGAAGGCGAUCACUUCGUCGGCUUAGCUGACAGAGCUAUGACCGGGACAGCCCAAGCAGCCAUCUUUGGAACUUUCGUGGUUGAUUAUUUACCUAUCUUGAAGCACGUUCCCAGCUGGUUUCCGGGCGCCGAAUUCAAGAGAAAGGCGAAAGCCUGGCGCCAAGAUACUAUGGCGAUGCUUGAAGAGCCUUUCGCCAUGGUCAAGCAGAAGAUGGCGCUGGGAACUGCCGGGCCUUGCGUUACCACGCUUGAGCUAGAUGAUGCCAGUAAGGAGAAAGAAAUCGACGUAUCAAUGAUUCAAGGGGUUGCCGCCAUUUCCUACGCAGCUGGUGCAGAUACGACUGUUUCUGCCGUGAUGUCUUUCUUCAUCGCCAUGAUGAAUAACCCCGAGAUUCAGCGUAAGGCUCAGGAGGAGAUCGAUCAAGUCGUGGGCAAUGACCGCCUCCCCACAUUCGAAGAUCGUAGCAGGAUGCCGUUCCUCACCUGUCUCGUCUGGGAAACUCUACGAUGGAAUCCGGUCACACCUCUGGCGGUUCCUCACGCAACAGUUCAAGAUGACGUUUACGAAGGGUAUUUGAUUCCGAAGGGAACAACUGUGCUUGCAAAUGCCUGGGCGAUUCUCCAUGACGAGGCCAAAUACCCUGACCCGUUCUCAUUCAACCCCGAGCGCUUCGCGGACGAGAAUAAAAACGCUGAACUCGAGAUAAAUGAGCUCCCUUACGCGGCAUUCGGAUUUGGGCGUCGUAUUUGCCCUGGCCGUUGGCUCGCAUUGGACACCAUUUGGAUUACUAUCGCAUCAAUCCUUGCCGUUUACAACAUCUCGAAGCCUAAAGACGUGAAUGGCGCGGUUAUCGAACAGGCCGUAGUAUACACAGGCCAUGCAAUCAGUCGACCUGAGCCUUUCAAAUGCACUGUUGUUCCUCGUUCGGCGGAGGCUCUUGCACUCGUAGGGCAGGCGUGA